AAUUCAACUUGAUUAAACUUAAAAAAUAUAUAAAUCCAAAAAUGACAGAUAAAAAUUAACAUUAUAUUGUGAAAAAAUAAUUAAUUAAAUAGACUUGUUUACAAAAUGAGUAUAACCUGGCAAUCAGUUGUUAGUACUGUCAAAAGCAGAUUAAAUAAUAAUCCAUCAAUUCAUGAUUUAACAAAAAAUAAAAAAAUAAAAAGAAGAACAAAAUUAUUAAAUAGUCAACUACGUAAUCAACAAUAUAAUAUCAAAAGUUAUAAACAAUUUGCUGAAAUAAAAACAUUUAUUUUACGUUCAAUAUCAGAUGAUGAAAAUACUGAUGAUGAAACUGAUGAUGAAGUUAUUGAUAUCAGUGAUGAGGAUAAAUUUAAUGAAACAUUACAAAAAAAAUUAAAUAAUUCAGGUAAAUCCAUAGGCAGUAGUUACUCACUAAGAAAAUCAUCUUCAAAACAUAAGCUGUAUGAUGAAAGUAUUAAAUCAGAAGUCAGUUCAAGUGAUGAAUCAUCUGAUCAAACUGAAGAUGAUAAAAAAACUAAAAUAAAUCAAAAUAAUCAUGUAAAAAGUCCUAAAAAACAAAUUGAAAAACAAAACAGUCCUAAAAAGAUUGUUGAAGAAUUAUCAAAACAACAAGUCCUGGAUGACGUUGAGAAAGAACAACAGAGUCAAAAUUUAUUUAGCCAAGAUUUAUUUAGUCAAAAUUUAUUGAGCCAAGAUUUAGUUAGUCAAGAUUUAUUUUCUCAGGAUCAAGUUAAUGACCAAGAUGAUGUUGAUGUUGAUGAUGAAAUAAAAUCUGAAGAAAACAUUCAUCUAGAUUUACAUUCAACUGACAAUAAUGAUGUUAUUAGUGAUAAGCCAUCAAAUGAUGAAGAAAAAUUAUCAACUAAUAAUAAUGAAACAGCUGAAAAUAAAUUUAAAGAUAAUGAAGAUUUUAUGACAAGUGAUGAACAAAAAAUAGAACAAAUGGAACUUGAUAAUUCUUUUGAAGUUGUUAUGUCAAGUCAAGUACCAAAAGAAUCAACAAAAAUAAAAAAACCAGUCAACAAUAUUGUACCAGGUAAAAAAAGAUGUCAAGAUAUCAAAAAAAAUUUAAAUAAACUAUUAGACAGUGUUGAUAGUAAUAAUUCUUCUGAAUCAAUUAUUGAAUUAAAUAAAGAACCAACUGUUGAUAUUUCUCAGCCAACAAUUUGUGGUUAUUUAGGUCCAGUUAAUGAUAAUAAUAUUGAAAACUCUGUGCCAAAUCAUCAAGUAACUCGUGAAAAUACUGAGGAUUUUAUUUUGCCAAUUGUUGUAUCAGACGAAUUGGUUAAUGAAAAUAAAAUUCAAGAAAAAAAUGAGAAAUUAAAUAAUAUACCAAAUGAUCCAGGUACUGAUGAUGAUUCACAUGAUAAUUUAAAUAAAAAUAACAUUGUACCAGCAAAAAAAUUAAAUCCAAAAAUUACAAGUGAUCAAGUUAUUGCAUCAAAAAUAAAAAUAAUUCGUAGUAUAAAAAUUAAAUCACCAACAAAAAUAUUGCCUGAAUUAUCAUCAGAAAAUUCAGUUGAUUAUAGUGAUAAUUAUCAAGAUGAAGUUGAAAUAAUUGUACCAGAAAAUGUUGGCUGGACUGAUGAAGAAAAAGGAAAUAAAUUAAUUGAAAAUAAUAAUGUAGCUGUUGUUGAUUUUGGAAAUUCACAAGAAUCUGUAACUAUUAAUGAUUUAAUUUCAUCUGAUGAAGAUAAUUUAGCUGAUGAAUUAUCAGACAAAGAAGAUCUUCAUGAAGAUCAACAAAUAAAUAAAACAUUCAUUGAUAUUUCUAAUGAUUUAAUUGAUGAGGAAAAUAGUCAAACUACAAACACAUUAGCUGCAAGAGUCACAAAUAAAUCAAAUGAUGAUAAUAUUGAUUUACAUUGGGAUGAACCAACAGAUGAUGUACACUUGGAUCCAUCAGACAAUGAGUAUUCAGAAGAUUCAGAUAUCCAAGAGAACCAUGUGACGGAUGAUGAAGUGUCUGAUAAUCCUGAUGAUUGUUUAGAAAAUAAUAAUAAUGAGACGAUUAAAAAAAUAUCAAUGAACUGUACAACAGAGUCUGAUUCAAUAAAAUAUAUAAUCAAUCGUCUUGAACAACGUUCACAACGUGAUAAUAAUUUUAUCAUGGAGCAUAAUUUAUCAACUGAUGAUGAGACUAAACAAUCGUCAAAUAAAUCACCAGAAAAAUUCAUAGCAAGACCGACAAAUAUCAGUGAUUUUGCUGAAUUAAAUAAUUUACAAGUUGAAGAUUCAGAGGCGUCAUGGCUGAUUGAUGAACUAACUGAUGAAUAUGAAAUUUGGAGCUUGGAAAUUCCAAAGAGUAUACUUGAAGAAAAUUUAAUUGGAAAAAAAAUUAAAUUAAAAAAAAAAAAAUUAAUCAUUGGAGAUGAUCAAUAUAAUAUUCAAAGAAAAGAAAUUAAAUAUUUACCAACAGUAUUUAAGAGUCAAUCAAAAAAGAAACCCUAUAAAAUUGGAAUGAUUGAGCCAUAUGGAAACAUUGUAGUAACUGGUAAAUAUACCUCGAUGAAUGAUGAAGUUGUUGAUCAAGUUACUCAGCAAGAACAACCUGAAAUAUCACCACCAAUUUUUAAAGAACCAGGUUUAAUAAAUACUAAAAAACGUAAGAAAAAAUCUAAAAAAAAUAAUGAAAAUAUAGAAUCAACUGAUGAUGGAUUAACUGAUGAUUCAGAAGCGAAUCAAACCGAUGAAACAGCAUCACCAUUAAAGAAAAAUAGAAAACGUAAAGCUAGUGUAUUGUCUGAUGAUUUAUCAGAUAAUUUAACAGACAGAUAUUCAAGUGAUAACACAGACUCAUCAUUAACUAAAAAAAAGAAA